AUGGCUACCACUGCUGCCCAGAUCUCCAAGAAGAGAAAAGUCGCCGAUGGUGUCUUUUACGCCGAAUUGAACGAGUUCCUUACUCGUGAGCUUGCUGAGGAUGGUUACGCUGGUGUUGAAGUCCGUGUGACCCCUGCUCGCACUGAAAUCAUCAUCCGUGCCACUCACACUCAAAACGUUCUUGGUGAGAAGGGUCGUCGUAUUCGUGAGUUGACCACUCUUGUUCAAAAGCGUUUCCGCUUCGCUGAGAACACUGUUGAAUUGUACGCUGAGCGUGUCCAAAACCGUGGUUUGUGUGCUAUUGCUCAAGCCGAGUCUGUCAAGUACAAGUUGCUCAAUGGUCUUGCUGUUCGUCGUGCUUGCUAUGGUGUCGUUCGCUUCGUUAUGGAAUCCGGUGCUAAGGGUUGUGAGGUUGUCGUCUCUGGUAAGCUUCGUGCUGCUCGUGCCAAGGCUAUGAAGUUUGGUGAUGGUUUCAUGAUCCACUCUGGUCAACCCACCCGUGACUUUAUCACCACCGCUGUUCGUCACGUCUUGUUGCGUCAAGGUGUUCUUGGUAUCAAGGUCAAGAUCAUGCUCGACAAUGAUCCCUCUGGUCGUCAAGGUCCUAAGGCUCCCUUGCCCGAUAUCAUCACCAUCCUUGAACCCAAGGAGGAGAACGCUAUUGAGGAACCCAUGGUCCAAGAGUUUGGUCGUCCUGCUGCUGCUGCUGAACCCGCUGCUGUUGAAGCUCAAUAA